AUGGUUUCAGGCAUGGUUUGCAUGGUGCCCAUGGUGAUUGGGAUGGGUAUAGGGUUAGAGGCUGUAGGGAGUGGGAAAACAGUUUCCUCCAUUGGGGAAACGUAUUCGCCAAGGAUUCUACUAGAAGUUUACAAUUUACGUGGCUGCGAGAGCUUCCAGCUAGGGUUUCUUUUUG